AUGUCAGCCGUCACGGAGAUUGUGCAGUUCAAUCCCAAAAAGGACCUCAACUUUGACGAUGCCGCCCACAGGCUCACCAGAACCAUUGCCCAGCAGUCGGGCGUGACGCGCGUGCGCUACGCGAGGAGGCACGAGGAUCCGCUCAAGGGCGCCAUAUUCAUUGACUGGCGGGCCCUUUCCGACCACAAGGCCUUUAUGGAAAAGGAAUACUACGGGCCCUUUCUCGAGGUGGUGCGGCAUCUGGUCGACGGGCCCUUGAGCAUCUACCACGUGCCCUUUCACCCGCACCCGCCCACGGUCCUCGACAACCUGGACGGGCGCGGGCGCUCCAAGGUCGCCGAGGUGGUGCACGCCUAUUUCCCCCUCAGCAUCACCUCGGUCCAGCAGCAAGAGAUCUUGGCCGACGUGCAGCAGUUUAUCGACCAGAUCAAUCCCAAGGGUGCCAGCGGCGAGCACGCCCACGGCUUUGCCCUCGAGGACGUCGAGUUCAAGGGUGAAAAGUGCCGGGCCCUCGUCUUGGUGCUCGGCUGGGACAGUGUCGAGGCCCACCAUGCGUACCGCCAGACUGAGGAUUUUGCCAAAAAUAUCCCGCUGCUGAGGAAUCUGCCGGGACUAAAGGGAAUGGAGAUGUGGCACGUAAUGAAUCGGGAGACCAAGGUAUAA